AUGUUACCUCUUGGAACUUUUGGGGUGCCGCAACGCAGCCAUCAAAUGACGUCGUUUGCUUCCGUGAGCUCACUCGCUCAACCUAUGCAUCCUCUUCCGGUGAUUAUCCCAACGUUCGGCCAACCGUCGUAUACACAUCCGGCGGUGAUAUCUGUGACGAGCUCUAACCAUUCUAUAUCUCCCUCAGUGCAAUCCCACAUAGUCAACGCCGGCGACGUUUAUACUCAAGAUAGCGGAAGUCUGGAGAGCAGCGGAAGUAGCAGCGGCACGGAAGGCAUCAUCAGCCCUCCGCGGGAUAAUAAUAGCGGGGACGGCGGAUCCACUUCCUCACGGUCCUCUGACGACUCACAUCCGGGAAACUCGAACGAGGCGAAGGAUGCUGCGAAAGACAGAAAGAGAAAAGGAGUGCCAUAUAUCCCCAGUUACAUGGAUUUAACGAACGGCCCUGAGCCCUGCGUAGUGUGUAGCGAUGCGGCGACCGGGUACCACUACCGCUGUAUGACUUGUGAAGGAUGCAAGGGCUUUUUUCGUCGCACCAUCCAGAAGAACCUCCAAUACCAUUGUAAAUGGAAUAAAAACUGUGUCAUAGAUAAAACAACUCGAAAUCAGUGUCAAGAGUGUAGAUUUCUUAAAUGUCUGAACGUUGGCAUGGCAACAGAUCUUGUUUUAAACGAGAAACAGCGCACUGCCAAGCGGAGAUUGAUAGAAGAAAACAGAGAGAGACGAAAAGAGGAACAAGAUGUGCCCAAGGUUCGAGAGACCUCGCCCUCAAACGACGCGCUUACUGACCAGGACAGAGGACUUAUUUGUGAAGUGGUCACCGCAUAUGAAUACACAUCUGGGAAGAUUCAGAAUUCUUCUAAUAAGGAGAGCCUGGCCGAUGUGCGGUCGGAAAUUCAGCCCCAGGAUCCCAUACAGCUGGCCGAGGCCAUGGCGCCAUCUAUUGUGAAGGUCGUUGAGUUUGCCAAGGGUGUCCCUGGAUUCACUGAGUUGAACGUGGAUGACCAGAUCCUGCUGUUGAAGGCGUGCUGUAUGGAGGUAAUGUGUCUCCGAGCCGCCUGUAGGUUUGACCCCGACACAGACAUCCUCUACCUCCAUAACGGCACAAAGCUACACAAGUCAGAGAUCAACCAGCGGGGAGUUGCCGUUCUCAUUGAGCCUAUAUUCGAGUUUGCCAUGGGUCUUUCAAAGUUGAAGCUGGACAAGGCGGAGAUCGCCCUUCUGGCUGCUGUACUUCUAAUGCAAUCUGAUCGAACCGGUCUCAAAGAGUCAGAAAACGUGGAGAAGAUUCAAGAUGCCAUCCUGGGUGCUUUCAAGCGAUAUGUCUCUGAAAACCGACCCCAUCAACCCGUGCACUGGGCGAAAAUCCUUAUGAAGGUCACAGACCUGCGGACUAUCAGUACCCGGCAUGCAGAACGGGUAUUAUACAGUCAGCUGGAUAAUUCAGGGGAGAUCCCGCCUCUACUGUUGGAGGUCUUCAAUGAGGGUCACACAUCUUGA